AACAUAAUACGCUCAGUAUUUUUUGAGUUAUCUCUAAUAAUGCGUAUAUACUUGAUUAUUUUUUCGUGAAGCUACGGUGUAUUAUUGGACGUUGGAUGUAAUUAAAGAUUUUUUUUUUCCUUAUCAAGCAACCAUAAUUAUAAGCGUAACAAUCCUCAAUAUUUGUAUGUAGUUUGUUUUAAAAAUUAGUUUCAGCAGUGUUUUAAAACGUUAAUGUGGAGUCUGAACUGUCAUAGAUGUCAAUCCAAAGGUCACCUUGAUAAAGUUCACCUUCUCCGGCAUUCAAAAAAUAAAGUGUUUGGUUGAACUAAAAUUUAAAAAAAAAUGGAUAUAUCGUCCGGUCAGAGGUUUAUUGAGAGAGGCUCUCAUAAAGGUAAAGGGCUUGCAGUAUUUACCAGUGGUGGAGAUUCUCAAGGAAUGAAUGCUGCUGUCCGUUCUGUGGUUCGAAUGGGUAUCUAUUUGGGAUGUAAGGUGUAUUUUAUUCGCGAGGGUUAUCAAGGCAUGGUUGAUGGUGGAGAUAAUAUCGAAGAAGCUAAUUGGUCUUCAGUAAGCUCGAUUAUUCAUAAAGGUGGUACCAUCAUUGGAUCAGCCAGAUGUAUGGACUUCAUGAAACGUGAAGGACGAUUAAGUGCUGCCUGUAACUUAGUUACAAGAGGUAUUACUAAUUUGGUAAUAAUUGGAGGUGAUGGUUCACUAACUGGUGCCAAUCUAUUCCGUGAAGAGUGGUCCACCUUGCUGGAUGAAUUGCUAGCAAAUAAUAGAAUCACUAAAGACCAAAGAGAAAAAUAUAAACAUUUGCAUAUUGCUGGAAUGGUUGGUUCCAUUGACAAUGACUUCUGUGGCACGGACAUGACUAUUGGUACUGACUCUGCACUGCAUCGUAUUAUCGAAGCUAUUGAUGCAAUUGUUAGCACAGCCUACUCUCAUCAAAGAACAUUUAUCAUGGAAGUUAUGGGAAGACAUUGUGGAUAUCUUGCUGUGGUCACAGCCUUGGCAUCUGAAGCAGAUUUUGUGUUUAUCCCAGAGGCCCCACCAUCAGUGGAUUGGAAAGAUAAGCUUUGUGAUAAGUUAGAACAGGAACGUAAGUCCGGACAGCGUUUGAACAUAAUCAUUGUAGCAGAGGGAGCGAUUGACCGUGAAGGUAAGCCGAUCACCGCUGAGCUGGUGAAGAAGGUGGUGGUGGAAAACCUACAACAGGACACAAGGAUUACUGUUCUCGGUCAUGUGCAGCGUGGAGGAUCGCCUUCUGCUUUUGAUAGAAUUUUGGGUUGUCGCAUGGGUGCCGAAGCUGUAAUGGCUCUCAUGGAGGCCACCCCAGAAACAGAAUCAUGUGUGGUAACCUUGGAUGGAAACCAAGCUGUGCGUCUACCGCUUAUGGAUUGUGUACAUCGGACUAAGGCUGUGUCUAAGGCCAUGGCUGACAAAAACUGGGAUCUCGCUGUACAACUGCGCGGGCGCAGUUUCGCUCGGAAUUUGGAGACUUACAAAAUGUUGACUCGUCUCAAACCUCCCAAGGAAGCCUUUGAUGAAUCUGGAAAACCUGCUGAGGGCCUGACGCUGGCGGUGAUGCACGUGGGCGCGCCGGCGUGCGGCAUGAACGCGGCCGUGCGCUCCUUCGUGCGCAACUGCAUCUACCGCGGGGACACCGUGCUGGGCAUCCACGAGGGCGUCGAGGGCUUCAUCAGCGGGAACAUCGUCAAGAUGGAUUGGUCUGAUGUAACGGGCUGGGUGGCGCAAGGCGGAGCAUUCCUCGGCACCAAACGAACCCUGCCUGGAGAUAAAAAGGGUGAAAUUGCCGCUAGGAUUAAACAGUUUAACAUCCAGGGUCUUCUUAUUAUUGGAGGAUUUGAGGCAUAUCAAGCGGGUCUAGAACUGUACGAGUCCCGCGCGCAGUUUCCAGAGUUUUGUAUUCCUCUAGUGGUGAUUCCGGCGACCAUCAGUAACAACGUGCCGGGAACUGAUUUCUCGCUGGGCGCAGACACCGCUCUCAAUGAGAUCACCGAGAUCUGCGACAGAAUCCGCCAAUCCGCUCAGGGCACUAAACGCCGUGUGUUCGUCGUCGAGACUAUGGGUGGUUAUUGCGGCUACUUAGCAACCUUAGCUGGUUUGGCUGGCGGUGCUGACGCUGCCUACAUUUAUGAAGAGAAAUUCUCUAUAAAGGAUUUACAACAAGACGUAUAUCACAUAGCAUCUAAAAUGACAGGCGGUAUUCAACGAGGUCUCAUUCUUCGUAAUGAGAAGGCCAAUGAUAAUUACAAUACUGACUUCAUUUACCGUCUAUAUUCUGAAGAAGGCAAGGGUCUGUUUACAGCCAGGAUGAACGUUCUUGGUCAUAUGCAACAGGGCGGUUCUCCAACACCAUUUGAUCGUAACAUGGGAACUAAAAUGGCCGCGAAAUGCUUACACUGGUUAGUCGAAAACAUUCAAAAAGGGCCUGCAACUGGUCCGGACUCAGCUUGCUUACUUGGAGUCGUCAAGAGACAAUAUAAGUUCACGCCCCUGGAAGAACUGAAAUCUCAAACAAACUUUGCCCAAAGAAUACCAAAGCAACAGUGGUGGAUGAAACUCCGCCCUCUUCUCCGUAUUCUCGCUAAGCACGACUCUACGUACGAAGAAGAGGGUCUUUACAUGACCGUGGAACAGGGAGAGAUUGACUCAGAAAAUGUAAUUUAAAUUAUAAUUCUUUAUGAGUAUAAACUAGCAUCAAAUUGCAAUACUUAAAUGUUGCCAUAACUCAAUAUAAAAGCAUCUAACACUAAAUUUUAAAACAAACUAUAUUAAUUAUUGUCUAGUAUAAAUUAUGAAAAAUAAUUUGCUUAAUUAAAUUGUAUGUGAUCCAUUGAUCAUCAAAAAUACUUAUUGAAAUUUCAUAGUGUCUACAAUAUGUUUCAACAAACCAAAUGCAUAUUUACCUUCAAGAGAGGCUAUGCUUGUUCUUUGAUGAUAUUAGUAUUUUAUAUACUUGAGAUUAAAAUUAUAGAGAUAUAUGUAUAUCGUUUUUUUAUUAUUAUUAAUGAAAUAAGGGUUUUAAUGACCAGUAUAUAUUAGCGUUAAUCAAGUAAUGAUAUAUGAUUAUAUUUGACAAUUAUUAACACGUAUGAUUAUAGAAAUUUAAAAUGAACUAGUUUAGAUAGAUUUAUUUAAAAUAUUUAUUUCAUAUUGUGAUAUGAAUGUUUCAUUACAAUUAUAAAUACAUAGAGAUUUUAGGGUACAUAUUUUAUGGUGAUAGUAAAAAUAUGCUCAUAAUUUGCCAUUUGAAAUUAGUUCUUUUUUUUUAUAUGAAAAAUACCAUAUAUAACGCUACAUCUGUACAGUGUGUUUUAACUUUCAAAUAAAGGUAUUUUUUAUGUAUAAAAUUGCUUUGCAGGAACAUUAUUUUUAUUUGGAUUUGUAGAUAUGAGUAUUUAGAUUAUACUUUGAAAUUUUGACAUUUCUUUUUUUUUUUUAUUAAAUCCUAAAUAAAAAUAUUUUUUGCUA